AUGUGCAUCAUCUGGAAUAGUGGCAUCAUCACAACACAGGAAGCUCUGGCUGGAUUUUCAAACUCGGGUGUUCUUGCCAUCGGUGUCUUGUUCGUGGUUGUACAAGCAAUCGAACGCACCCAGCUGGCGCCAUGGGCCGCUCGCAACGUUUUUGGCAUGAAGACAGGUAUUCGAUCGGGAUUGUUUCGGCUCUGUACACUAUGUUUCGUGAUCUCCGCUUUCUUGAACAACACGCCAGUAGUCGCGUUGCUGACGCCGAUCACCAGAGACUGGGCCCGCAUGCGAGGAUUUCCUCCAUCGCUAUUUCUGAUCCCUUUGAGUUUCAGCACGAUUCUGGGUGGUUUGCUGACAAUCAUCGGGACUUCCACCAACCUGGUGGUAGUGGCGCUGGCUGAGGACGCGAAGCUUUACAUUCCAAGCUUCUUCGAGACGGCUUAUAUCGGCCUUCCAGCUGGUGUGAUGGGAGUCCUGUACCUCGUGCUCGUCGGACCCGCGCUGCUUCCUAGAACUGGCGGAAUGUUUCGGUACAUGAAAGACAAAAACAAGGAACUGAUCACUGAAGUAACCCUCCCCGAGAACUUUGCCUACAUUGGUCAACCCAUCGACAAGGCGCUGUCGGAUCUGGGGCUUCAUAGAGACGUUCUGAUCAAGAUCAGAAGGAAGCUACAGUCAGUAGACAGCAGUGGGAGCAACACAUUCACCAACUCUGAUGAGAUCAAAUCAGAGUCGAACUUAGGUGCAGACGUAGAGGUCACCCCAACUCUAAGAGCGAACGCGCGUGUGGGAUACGUCGACAUCUACCCUGUGCCAUCCCAUGAGCUGCUACAGGUAGGAGACACUCUCUUUCUCAGUGGAGGGCGCACUACAAUGAUGGCACUGCACUCAGCUGCAGCUGCAAAGAACUUGAACAUUCUCAAUAGCGACGUACCAGAGUUGGCUCAGGAUGGUAUCCAAUUCUUCGAGGUCGUGUUGAGCAACAAGAACGCUUUUGUUGGAGACGUUGUGGCUCAAUCGAGCUUCGGCCAGUUUUACGGCUGCAGUUUGCUUGCUCUGAGGCAAAAAGGAAGGUCCAGUGAGCCUGUUUCAACUGUUGUAAACCCUCAGCCGGCCCAAGACGCAGGGAAGAACAGCAUUGAGAAUCGGAGGCGAAUGUACGGGGAAAUCGAGUACGAGAGAGAGUGUAGCCUGCCUCUUGAUGCGGCCAACUUUGAUCCCGACGAUCAGCUGGACGAGGAGAAUGGAGGCAAUUUUGUGAAGCCCAUUGAAGUCUCGCACAGCAGGCUGCAUGCUGGAGACGUGAUCCUUGCGCUUGCGCACGCUGAGUUCGGAGAGAAAUGGGCAGACUCUGACGAUUUCCUCAUGAUCACGGCUCUUGGUGCCGUGCCAAAGCCUCCAAAGGCUUACGAUUACUUUCCUGUCCUCGUGUUCUGUGGGAUGGUGGCAUGGGUGGUCGCGGGCAACGGGAAAGUUGACAUGGUGAAGUCAGCGAUGACAGCGGCCGCUGUGCUCAUAGCAGGAGGGUGGAUCGAUGCUAAAAAGGCUGUGGGGUAUGUUUCCUGGGACCUGAUGCUCCUCAUAGGCUCCAUGCUGGGCAUCAGCAGGUCCAUCACUACCUCGGGGUUGGCAGAUAUCUUGGGAUCUGCUCUUCGCAACACAGGGGUCAACCCCAUGGGCAGUCUGUUCAUGAUCUACGGUAUCACCACCGUCAUGACGGAGAUCACAACUAACAACGCGGCUGCCGGCCUCAUCUUCCCCCUGGUUAUCGAUCUGGCGGCCAAGUUGGGAGUCUCUUACAAGCCCUACAUGUUUACGAUCAUGGCAGCAGCAUCUUCCAGCUUCAUCACCCCGAUCGGAUAUCAGACAAAUAUGAUGGUCUGGGGUCCAGGCGGGUACAAGUACAUCGACUUCAUGAGGAUAGGAAUCCCCUUGAACAUGCUACACAUGGUCAUCACGUGCCUGCUAGUCAGCAGAUUUUGGCCAUUUCAUGAAAACCUUGGCAAUUGA